AUGCUACAAACAAGUACUAUAGAGAACAGAAUGCCAUUAUCUCCUAUCAAUGACCUUCCUGAGGAGCUCCUUGAAUCCAUCCUGAAAAUCGUCAAAGAAACGGAGUACCCCACCCUUUUCUGGAACUCGCUUCGAACCUGCCAGAAAUGGCAUCGAGUUGGGCUGGGGUUGUAUCAGGGACUAGGCUUUGCUACGACAGUUGUCAUCGAAUCAGACAUGCGUCGGAACAAGGUGCAAUAUGAUAACGGUAAUCUUAUGGGGCAAUUGGAAACGAGCCUGGACCUGGAGAUACCUUCGAAGCUCUACCUAUCGCUACUGAAGAGUCUAACGAUUGAAAUUCAACAUCGACGCAACACCAGCCUCUUCACCAUGCCACGAAACACUGAAUUUCUCAAGUCACUGGAAGACAUAUUCGCACAGACUAGUAGACUGACGACCUUUUCUAUACACUUCUCUGAUGGCUGGGACUACCCAAAUCUGGAUGUACCUGCGGUUCCCCAAAGUUGGCUGGCCAGGAUUAUAGGAGUGCUGCCGGACUCGGUGAUCCAUCUGGAAAUCGAUAGUGCGGGAACGGACGUCUCUUAUGAUCCCGAAUUGCAUGUUAAGCAAAGGGAGCAUCUUUGUUACCAAGUCGGCAAGAUCAUUACGCGACUUGGCCAUCUCAGGUUGAGAACUGGGCAUGUAUGUAGCGCAAUGUUCGGUGCUAGCUUUGAUGGCUCCCAGCACAACAUGGUGGGAUGUGGUAGCCAGAAGACAUCAAAAGAUAAGCAAGAAGCUCUUGGAAAACUGAUCUCACAGUGGCACAUGCGAGCCCUGACGAUUUGGAUUCCUUGGGGUUUGGCUUUUACCUUGGACACACCUUUCUCUCGUGCAUGUGCUGCACUCUUGGACCCCAACCUACGAAAUCCCACGGUCAUUCUUAUAGUCGAGCAAAAAGACGUCUACUGCCCUAAGCGGUCGACGAUAACGAUCCCUUCUUUCCCGGUGAACAGCAAGUUUAUCUGGCAACCUCACUCCAACGUCCCCCUUUCUCUGCGCAACGCGCUGUCGGAUUUCCGCUUCGCUACCAUCUGCGGAUAUACCGACGCCAACCGCCGGCUGGCCAGUAUGAAUCCUACUCUAUGCUCUCGGACGAGACCAGAGAUGCGUCCAUGCAAAGAAUGUGCAAAGAUAAGAGAUGCGCCCACACGACACUUUGUCAGCUCCGAUACCUUCUACCCACCGCCCGAGCCAGACACAACAACAUCCUACCCCUAUAUCGCCAUCCAGACCGUCGAGAACAUUCUAAGCUGGACGACAAACACGCACUCGUCCUACCGCUACCCACUCUCCCAAGCCGACGAGCCGGGCAAAUCGUUUUGGAGAGGAGCAGAUCGCUGGUCCUGCCAGCUACCGGGCUGUGGAGCGAGAAGCAAGAGCAUGGUGCACUUGAGGGGCCAUCAAAUUUACAAACAUGUCAACUACACAUCGUUUGGAGAGCUGCGUUGUCCUAGCACAGGGUGCGAUUGGAUCGGCGGCAUCAACGGAAAAGACGGAGCAGAGUAUGAGGCCCAUGUCAUGGAACAUCAUUUGGAGCCCUGUACACUGAUCAUUUUUGCAACCAUGGUUCAACGCAUUUGCUCAGUAUUCGAACGCUUUGAGAAACAAGACGUUUGUGAUUCCGCUCUCUAUACAGAUGCCUUGAGAAUGUGUUGCUCGAUCCACUUCAGCCUCGGGCCGGCUCAGGUUGAGCGGUUCCAUUGCAGUAUACCAAUACCAAUCUCGCUGUGCACGAAUGGGUGGAUGACACUGCGUCAGAGUCCAACUGUCUGUCCAGCUCCACAAUCCAACAUCGACAACACAACAAGUCCCUACUCUACCCUCUCGCCACAGUAUCUGGUAGGCAGUAUCUCUCUGGCCACACUCUGCACUGGGCGCUGGGCGGCGGCUGGCUAG